AGCCAGCCCCGGACCCUCUUCGUCACCAUCCUGCCCCGCAGCUCCAAGGGGCCCCGGCUGCGGGUCAACGCCGGGCUGCAGCUGAGGGAAGGCACCAUGGCCGCCAUCGGCCCCCAUGUCCUGAGCGCUGAGGAUGAGGACUCCCCGGCAGAGGAGGUGACCUACUCCAUCCAGUCCCCAGCCAAUGGGAAGGUUGUGCUGAGGUCUGCGCCUGGUGCUGAGGUCCGGCGGUUCACCCAGGCCCAGAUAAACAACGGUCUGAUCCUCUUCAUGCACCAAGGUAGGGCAGGGCUGAUGUCACCCCUGGCCUGAGGGGGAACACCACUGGCAGGGAGCACUGUUAAUGGGGGGCUGCAGCCCCGCUGCCCCCUGUAAACACCCAGCUCUGUGCUUUCCACAGGGCCCCUGGAUGGGGGCUUCGCCUUUGACCUAGGGGACGGCGAGAACCUGUCUCCUGGGCACUUCUUCCUCAUCAGGGCCCAGAGAGAGCCCCUUAUCAGCUUGGCCAAGAAACAGAGUCUCACCCUCUGCCCAGGUGCCCUGCAGCCCAUCACCAGCCAGAACCUGCAGGCAGUGAGCAACAGCCCUGCUGGCUCCACUGCUCUGUACUACAGCAUCGAACAAGCCCCGCGCCUAGGCAGGCUGAGCACCUCUCGGGGGGAGGAAAUCAGGAACUUCACCCAAGCCCAGGUGGACAGUGGGUUGAUUUUCUACCAGCACAAGAUGCCAGAGAAGCCCUUCUGGCUCGCCCAAGAUGCUAUCCGCUUCCGUGUGGUUGCUCCCACAACUAUCUCAGAUUCCUUCAUCCUCCUUGUGCUGAUCUCCUUUGAGGCCAAGUGUCCCCAGCGCCCAACUCAGCUGUGGAGAAAUGCAGGUCUUCAGCUCUCAAGGGCUCAACGGGCUGAGAUUGGCACCUCUGUACUGGAUGCCUCCAACCUCCUGAGCCAAAUCCCAGUCCCUGAGAGGGCUGCGUAUGAUGUUGUCUUCCUGGUGACGGGACUACCAGCUCAUGGGCAGCUCUUGGUGGCUAGUGAGCCCCUGGAGAGGUCACAGCCAUUCUUCUUGCAGUCAGACCUGGCUGCGGGGCGCCUGGCAUAUGCCCACGGUGGGGAUGGCAUCUCUGAAGACCAUUUCAGAUUUAAGGCGUGGCUCCGGCCCCGGGUGCAGCAGUCCAUCCGUCCUCCACAGGAAGGAAUAGUCAUCUCUGAAGCUUUCAAUUUAACAGUGACCACCAGCAGCAGCAGGCCACCACAGGUAUUGAAGCGGCUAGAAGUGCUGCGGGUCCCACCAGGCUCUGUGGUGACCUUGUCCCAGGAGUACCUGGAUGUGGCAGACCCAUCAGGAUCUCCGGAGGAGAUGGUGUACAGUGUCCUCCAGAGACCUCUUGCUGGCCACUUGGCCAAUGUCCACAACCCACGGGAGUCCAUCAACCACUUCACCCAAGCAGAUGUCAAUGCAGGCCAUGUGGUGUUUGUUGCCACCAAGAGCCAUGACCCAGGAUCCUUAGCCCUGAGCCUCUCUGAUGGCCACCACCCACCCACAUUGACCUCACUGGAGAUCGAGGUGCUGCCUGCAGUGAGCACUGCUGCCAGCCCAGUGCUGCUGGAGGUGCCCCAAGACCUGAACAGGGCAUCCAUGUCCCACCAUCACCUCCUGGGAGCCACACAGCUUGGUGCAGGCAACGCCCUGUACAGGAUCACCAGGGAUCCAAGGUUUGGCCAAGUGCAGGUCAACCAAAAGCCAUCGCAAGGCUUCUCACAGAGGCAGCUGGACCGUGGGGAGGUGAUGUUCACCUUCACAGACCUCACUUCUCCCGAGGAUGACUUCCAAUUCCUCGCCAUGUCGCGGGCAGCAAACAGGACUGGGGUGGUGAAUGUGACAGUCCGUGCCUUGGUGAAGGCUCGGCCAGGCAGCGUGUGGCCCAGGGGCACCACAGCCCUCCUGGACACCAGUGUCCUUGAUGCCAGUGAGCUGGCUAACCUCACCAAGAGCAUCCCAGUCUUCAAGAUCCGCAGGGCACCCCGUGCCAGCCGUCUUGUGAGGGUCUCCAGGGACCCAGGACAACCCACCACCCUGAUCGAGACAUUCAGCCAGAGCGAGCUGGAGCAAGGGCUGGUUGGGCUGGAGAUUCUGGAUGUCGGGGAGACUGACCAGCCCCUGCAGAGCGACAACUUCAUCUUUGAGCUGGCGGCCACUGGCGUGCCACCUGCACUAGCGUCCCUGGGGUACAGCAUUGAGCCCUACAACGCCUCAAAAGCCUACGGUGUCACCCUGCUCAUGGCCCCCUUGGCACCUUCACCCCCGGUGUCACAGCCCCAAGGCACAACAUGGAAUAGCCCCAACACCAGCGAGCUGGGCAUGUCCCCCACCCCCUGGCCAGGCCCUGGUGCUACCACCAGCCCUAGCCCUGUGGAGGGUGGCACCUUUCUCAGCUUCAUCGAGGCCAACAUGUUCAGCAUCAUCAUCCCCAUCUGCCUCAUCUUCCUCCUGCUGGCUCUCAUCCUGCCCCUGCUCUUCUACCUGCAUAAGCGCAAUAAGACAGGGAAGCACCAUGUCCAGGGCACCCCCUCCUCCAAGGCCAAGAACGGGGCUGUGCCAGACCAGGAGACCUUCCGGAGGACGGACCCCAACCAAGGCAUCCCCCUAACGACUGUCAAUGCCCUGGAGGGCAAAGGCACAGGUCCCCCACCCCAAGGCACGGGUCCCGGGGCACCGCCGGACCCUGAGCUCCUCCAGUACUGCCGGACUUCCAACCCUCCCUUGAAAAACAAUCAGUAUUGGGUGUGA